AUGACCGAUCCGCUCAGCAUCGGCGCAGGCGUCGUGGGCAUUGUUGCGCCCGCGUUGCACGUUACUCGGAUUCUCCUCAAUGAUUUGAAGGCAAUUAAGGAUGCGCCGCAAAACAUCAAAGCCAUGACUGCGAAUAUUUCCUCCCUCGAUAUGGCACUUACGUCUGUCAAGAGUCUCCAGGAGAGUGAAUGGAAGUCUCUGGGCCCAGCAGUCGCCAACAGUGCGAAAUCUACAAUUGCUUCCAGCACCGCUGCUUGCGAGAGGUUCGACGCGGAUGUUCAUAAGUGGACCCGCCGCUCUAAAGACGGUAGUCUGUCUGUGUUGGAUCGAGCCUUGGUCGGGUUCUUCAGAAAGACUCAUCUCACUUCAAUGAAUGGUGAGAUCCAAAUCUGCCACACCAAGCUUACCUCCGUGGUGACCAUCGCAACACUUAUGAAGUCCAUUCAGCAAGGUCAAAUCACAGAAGAGAUCAAGAAGCUUAUUGCUUCCCACCAAGAAGAGUUAAAGAAUGCUUCGCAGGCAGCAGCGACUAAUAGCUCAGCAUUGGAGAAGAAGCUAGAGUUUCUCAAUGCCGAUGGGGAUCCUGAUGAUGUCGAAUAUCAAGACGCUGUCAAGCAGUUGGAAGAAGAGCACAAAGCACUCGAAGUUUCCCAGAGACUGCUGACAGAGCUGUUCUCGUCGCUCCAGGAAUCUACACGGAAAGCGACCGGAGUUACGGAUAAUUCAGUUCAUACCACCUUCGGAGCGUAUAACAGCGGUGUACAGUCGAGUGUUAAUCACGGUACAAUCAACUUUACUCCGAAAUAA